UUCCAUAAAAUGGGGAAUAGAAGUUCAAAUAAUUAACAUUAAAAAAUUGGUUCUGAAACCAAAUGUCCUAAUUGUGAUCGUAAGUUUGGACCUUCUACUACAUAUAAUGUACUUAAUAGUCAUAUUGACCAUUGUUUACAAAAUUAAUAAAUAAUACCUAAUAUUGGAUUUUAAAUGCCUCAACCAUAAGUUUAAUUAGGAGAUAAUUACAUUUGGGUUAAACAAAACAAUCAAUGGAAACGAGUAUAAUCAUAAGUAAAUGGAGGAUAGAUCUAAGUAACAUUCUCUAUUGAAAUAUAUAGAAUUUAAGUCUUCAAGAAAUUAAAAACAGGUCAUUUCCUGAAAAAUAAAUGUGGUUCAAUCUUUAACUUGAAAAAUAUCGUAUUCCUUGGUAACUAGGAUCUGACAAAUUGAAUGUCAAUAUGAAUAAUUUAUUAUAGUCAUCUCUUAUUUCAGCUAGAGGUGUUAAUCUUUAUAAAGAAGUUAAAGUUGUAUUUCAGAAUGAUAAAGUAUAAGAUGCAGGAGGAUUACUAAGAGAAUGGUUAACUUUAAUUUUUAAAGAAAUGUGCAAAGACAUCUUUACAUUAACUGAAACUAAUGAUGUUACAUAUAAAAUUGCUCAACAAAGUCCUUAUUUUGAAUUAGUUGGCUUAGCUAUAGCAAAAGCACUUUUUGAAAGAAUGACUAUAUGUGUUGAAUUUGAUAGGCCUUUAGUUAAAAAAUUACUUGGAUAAGAAAUCUCAUUUCAAGAUAUGUAGUAUUAUGAUAAAGGUCUAUUUUUGAGUUGGAAAUAUUUACUAGAAAAUUAAUUUGAUGAAAAUGAAUUAUAAUAAUAUUUUAUCUUAUGUAAAGAUGAUGAAAUAAUUGAGUUAAAAUAAAAUGGAGCUGAUAUUUUAGUCACAAACUAAAACAAAUAAGAAUAUGUAGAUUUAAGGUAAAUUAUUCUAUUAUUAUUCAGCAUUUAAUACUAUAGUGAUAAAAUGAUUUAAUAAUAGCUUGGGUGUAUUUAAAAUUCCUUAUAUAAAUACAUAUAAAAAGAAUAUUUAAAUAUAUUUACAGCAGAAGAGUUUGAAAUGAUACUAUAUGGUGUAUCUGUUGUAGAUUUAGAUGAGUGGAAAUAACAUACAUUAUAUAAAACCCCUUAUGCUGAAAAUUCUCAAUAAAUUAAAUGGUUUUGGAAAAUAUUAUCUGAGUUUGAUCAAGAUUAAUUAAAAAAAUUCUUACAUUAUUGCACAGGUUCUUAUAGAAUUCCUGUUAAGUAUAUAAUUUAUCUUUCCAUUUCAUAGUGGUUUUAGUAAACUUGAGUCAAAUAGAGGAAUGUAUUCAAAAUUUUAGAUAGUUCCUAUUGAUUAUAAUAAUACGAACUCAUUUCCAAUAGCUCACACUUGUUUCAAUAGACUUGAACUCCCUAAAUAUACUAGUGAAGAAAUGAUGAGAAAAUAUUUAAGAUCUAUUGUUCUUAACGAUCUAGAAGGAGUCUUUGGUAUGGAAUGAAUAAUUCAAAAAAUAAUUGAUGC